UAUACACCCCUAGCGCUUAAGUCAAACUCAAGUCCUCUCAACCAAAGAAAAAGUUAAAAACCCUGGCCUCAGCCGCCGUCUGUUCGUCCGUCGAGCCAUUGCCGCCAUCCGUCCGUCGAGCCACUGCCGCCGUCUGUCGCACGUAGGGCUUCUCUCUUCAUCCUGUUCUCCAAGUCUCCAACCCCUGCUCUCUUCUUCCGCGAGCUCAGCCCAUCCGUCGUCUUCAUCUGCUCGCCGUCGUGUGGUCGGCGGGGUCCAUAGUGGCAACGUACUCUGCCCAGAGUCCCAGACUUCGAAGAAUUACAGGUCCGGUUCUGGUGACCUGGUCGAUCCUAGAAGGAGCAUGGCAUCCAUUACCGGAUUUUCGUCUUUCACAUGAAGAGAGCAACAGCUGCAGCUAUCUCCUCCUCUCUUCAACGCUUUCACCAUCUCCCAUUUCCCACUUUCGCUUCUCUCAGAACCUUUUCCUUUUUCGGCCCAUCCAAUCCGAGGCCUUUCCCUGAUUACUCCCUUAAGAAACCCACCGUCACUGACACCCACCUCGUCCACCGCAUCUCCACCACCAUCAAGCAACGCCGCUCCGAGCCACUCCGCCGCGUUCUCAAACCCUAUGAGUCAAAGUUCAAACCCGAUCACUUCAUUUGGGUCCUCAUGGACAUCAAGAACGACUACAACCUUGUCUUGGAUUUCUUCAACUGGGCUCGCCUUAGAAGGGACCCUUCCUUGGAAGCACUCUGCAUUGUGCUUCAGAUUUCUGUGGCUGCCAGGGAUCUCAGGAUGGCGCAGAGGCUCGUUUCUGAGUUCUGGGGCAGGCCGCGUUUGAAUGCACACCAAGUGUUUGAUGUUUUUACUGAGAGGUUGAUUUACACUUAUAAGGAUUGGGGUGCUGAUCCCCAUGUGUUUGAUGUGUUUUUUCAGGUGAUUGUUGAGUCUGGGAUGCUUCUAGAAGCUGGAAAGUUGUUUUAUAAGCUGCUGAGUUAUGGUGUUGUUUUGUCUGUAGAUUCCUGUAACUUGUUUCUCACUAGGCUAGGGGGAAGUUUCAAGGGGAUGUGGACAGCGGUUCGGGUGUUCAGGGAGUAUGCCAAAGUAGGUGUUUGUUGGAAGACUAUGUCUUAUAAUAUUAUUCUUCAUUGUCUUUGUAACUUGGGGAAAAUAAGAGAAGCUCAUACUUUGCUUAUACAGAUGGAGUUUAGGGGGAAUGUUCCUGAUGUUGUAAGUUAUAGUACUAUGAUCAGUGGUUAUUGUCAGGUUGGAGAGGUAGAGAAGGUCUUGAAGCUCGUCGAAGAAUUGCGUCGGAAGGGAUUAACACCAAAUGAGUAUACCUUCAAUAACAUACUUGUCCUUCUUUGUAAGGCUGGUGAGGUAGUCGAAGCGAUGAAAGUGUUGAGGCAGAUGUCAAAGCAGGGUGCUUUUCCUGAUAAUGUUGUCUAUACAACUUUGAUAAGCAGUUUUUGCAAGUCUGGGAAUGUUUCUGCUGCAUACAAGCUCUUUGAUGAAAUGAGGCAUAAGAAAAUCAAUCCUGAUUUUGUGACGUAUACUUCGGUGCUUCACGGCCUGUGCCAAACUGGAAAGAUGGUGGAAGCACACCAACUGUUUGGUGAAAUGAUUGGUAAAGGGUUAGAACCAGAUGAAGUUACUUAUACUGCUCUAAUUGAUGGGCAUUGCAAGGCAGGGGAAAUGAAAGAGGCCUUUUCUAUUCACAACCAGAUGGUUCAAAAGGGUCUGACUCCAAAUAUCAUAACUUAUACUGCAUUAGUUGAUGGCCUAUGUAAACGUGGAGAGGUAGAUAUAGCGAAUGAUCUUCUUCAUGAGAUGGCUGGAAAGGGCCUUCAGCUAAAUCUUUGCACGUACAAUGUAAUGGUCAAUGGUCUUUGUAAGAUAGGAAAUAUAGAACAAGCAAUAAAACUUAUGGAAGAAAUGGAUCUGGCAGGGUUUUAUCCUGACACUAUUACAUACACUACAGUCAUGGAUGCGUAUUGCAAGAUGGGGGAAAUGGCGAAGGCUCACGAGUUGCUGAGAAUUAUGCUUGAUAAGGGGCUUCAGCCUACAGUUGUUACAUUCAAUGUAUUAAUGAAUGGGUUUUGCAUGUUAGGGAUGGUGGAAGAUGGUGAAAGACUAAUCAAAUGGAUGUUAGAGAAGGGUAUAAUGCCAAAUGCAACGACAUUCAAUUCUCUUAUGAAGCAGUAUUGCAUUAGAAAUAACAUGCGCGCGACUACUGAGAUUUAUAAGGGGAUGCUUGCUCAAGGAGUGAAGCCCGACAGUAACACAUAUAACAUUUUGAUUAAAGGGCACAGUGUGGCUAGAAAUAUGAAAGAGGCAUGGUAUUUGCAUAAAGAAAUGGUGGAAAAGGGCUUCACUCUUACUGCUGCUUCAUAUAGUGCUCUUAUCAAAGGUUUUUGUAAGAGGAAAAAAUUCGCAGAGGCUAGGCAGCUAUUUGAGGAGAUGAGAAUCCAAGGUUUGGUUGCAGAUAAAGAGAUAUAUGACAUUUUUGUUGACGUAAACUAUGGAGAAGGGAACUGGGAAAUUACCCUUGAGCUUUGUGAUGAAGCAAUAGAGAAAUGUCUUAUUAAGAGAAAUUAUUGGGACACUGCCAGAUGCUACAUCCUGGAUCCCUUUGUCUCCCUUGCAUGUAGAAAAACAAAGGAAAACAAGGAGACCAACAAAGUUUUAACCUUAUUUCCUGAAGAAACCAUGACAAAGAGUGAAGUAAAGCUGUUGGGGGCAUGGCCUAGUCCAUUUGUUAUGAGGGCUCGGAUAGCUCUUAACAUCAAAUCAGUGAGCUAUGAGUUCCUUGAGGAGACAUUUCAACCUAAGAGUCAGCUCCUUCUUGAUUCCAACCCUGUUUACAAGAAAGUCCCUGUUCUCAUUAAUCAAGACAAACCUAUCUGCGAAUCCUUGAUCAUUGUGCAGUAUGUGGAUGAUGUCUGGUCCUCUGGCCCAUCCAUUCUCCCUUCUGAGCCUUACGACCGUGCCAUUGCACGCUUCUGGGCUACCUAUCUCGAUGACAAGUGGUACCCGACCUUGAGAUCUGUUAGAGGAGCAAAAGGAGAGGACGAGAGGAAGAAGUUGAUAACGGAGGUUGGAGAAGGAUUGACAUUGCUUGAGGAUGCACUUAACAAGACAAGCAGAGGCAAAGACUUCUUUGGUGGUGACCAAAUUGGUUACUUGGACAUUGCAUUUGGGUGCUUCUUGGGAUGGCUGAGGGUGACAGAGUCACUCACUGGGGUGAAGUUGCUUGACCAAGUUAAGACACCUUGUUUGGUGAAAUGGGCUGAGAGGUUCUGUGCACAUGGUGCUGUCAAAGAUGUUAUGCCACAAACAGAGAAGCUUGUUGAGUUUGCUAAGAUGUUAAUGGCCAAAAUGGCUGCUUCUACUCCAAAUUAAAAAGUUUCUUAUACAAGGUAGCAGGGAACUUAUUCUAUGCCAUGCUUCAUGAGAUUCUAAUGUAGUAGGAAAUUGGAAGAUCCGAAUAUGAAUAAUGUUUUUCAUGAUUUUAGUUUCAUGUUAAUUUCUUGUCACAGAAAUGCGAUAAUAAUUUAGAUUCUAAUGUUUUAUUUUUUUUUCAAUUA